CUCACACUAAAUAAUGUGCCUUUAGAAAGAGUUAACUACAUAAAAUACUUAGGGCUAAUUAUAGAUGAAAAUGUCAACUGGAAAGAGCAUAUUUCGCAUCUUCAAAGUAAAAUAAUACCAAUGGUGGGAGCAGUAUACAGAUGUAGGAGUUACUUAUCCCAUAUAAAAAUAAACUAAAUAUUUAUAAUGCCUAUUUUUUGUCACACUUCCGAUACUUACUCCCCAUAUGGGGUACUUGUGGUGUUACCGAAUUUCAGAGUUCAAAUACUACAAAAUAAGGUUUUGAAAGAAUUAUUUAAUUAUGAUCGACUAACGCAUACAGAUAGUUUAUACCUAUGAGGAAUUGAGAGUAAUGCAAAUAAAUAAAUUGAGAGAAUUCGAGCAAUGUAAAUAUAUUUACAAUAUAACACAUAAUAAACAAAAAUCAAACUCUGAAAUUCUAUAUAAGUACAGAAAAUGUUCAUAAUCACUUCACAAGAAACCACGGCAAUAUCUACCACGAGUUGAUCAGAACUAACAAAGGACUUUACAAUCCUAUGUACCAAGCUUCAAAAUAAUAUAAUACAUUACCUACACAAAUCAAAACAAUAAAGAAAUUUCUAAAAUUUAAAAGAAUGCUUCAUGUUUAUUUAGCUACAUGAGAUUCAAUCACAAAAAACAAUAAAAAUUUUCAUCAAAUUAUGGUAGUUAGUUAUAGUAUGGUAUAUUAUAUCACUGUUGCUUAGUUUUAGUUUUAGAUUUUUUUUAUCCUUGUUACCAUCAGUGACUGUAUCACUGAUUAAAGGAUUUAAUCAAUAAGGAAUAUGCAAAUGAUUGUAAAUCUGAAUUGAAUAAAUGUUUCUAAAAAAAAAAAAACAUAUAGUACAUAAUAAAUGUCUUUAUAUAUUUUUCAUUUUAAAAUACAUCCAUAUAGUAAUUAUGAUGAGUAAAUGAAAAACAAGUUGAUUGAAUUUUAAUCCCUGAAAAAUAAAAACAUAGGGAUUUUUAAUCUAUAGCUUUGUCUAUAGACAAUUCCUGAGCAAAUUAAAUUGAAUGCCUAAAAUUGAACAUUAUAUUUCAGUUACAAACCUUCAGUUGCUGUAUUCACAUAAACUUGACAUGAGCCUAAUUCAAAGAAAAAUACGUGGCAGCAAUUUCGGUUAACUCUCUCUUCUUCAAAUAAAAAUCUAGACAAGAAAUGAGAUGAAAAUAACUCAAGUUUACUUCAGUUGAACUUGAUUUGGCUUGAAGCCAAAUUAUUAACUAGGGAAUAUAAAUUGGUCAAAAGAAGGCCAAUCUCAAAUAAACAUGUUUCAAUGUUUGUAUUUAUCAAGAAUUGAAUUUGAAGUCAAAAAAUUUUAAGAAAUAUAUCAUACCUAGUUUAAUUGUAGAAUUCACAACACAACUUUAUAAAAUGCUACAAAUUCAUGUAAAUUUUAUUAUGAAUCACACAAUUCCAUCAUCACAGUUUUAAUAAUUAAUUAGCUUUGAAUACAACACAAAUACAUUCCCGUUAUAAAAAGAGAAUUUAAAUAUUAGGCAAUAGACAUAUUUGUAUAUGGAGGAAUUUUUAGAUUGUAAAAGUGUGUAGUGGUUGUGUAAUUAUUUGAAAUUAUCUGACGCGGAACUUUGAUAAAAACAAAAAAAAAAUCUAUGAAGAUUUUGUGGAAGAUAAAUAAAUAAAUAAAAUGCGCAAACCAAAACCAAAAUACCUUCUGCCUAGCGUGUGACCACUCCUCCCAAUCCCAAGGCCUACGAAUUUGUAAAGGAAACUUAUACAUUUAUUUCUUACUUCAAGUAUUUGAUUCGGUAGGCUGCGAAUAGAUGGAGGAAUCAGAGGAUUGAGCAACUUUAUUGCUUAUUUUAAAUCAUUAUCUUUUAAUUAUUGUACUGUGAUUUUUUUAUUUGAAACAAAUAUUCUAAGAAAUAGAUGGCAUUGAAGUUUAUAAAAUGAGGAUAAAAUCAAUGAUCACAUAGUUCACAGUGACGUAGAUAUAAUAUCAGUAUGUGAGAUAAUUAUUAUUAUUCAUUCACUUAUUGGUAUUUGUAUUUGGCUUCACCAUAAUACCAUUUCAAAUACAUAUCAAUAAUUGGCAAUUGAUCAACUCAAAAUUAUAAUAAAUCCUUAUCCAAAUUUAUUACUUAAUGACAUAGCGUGAUUUGUAUAGAUGCUCACUAACGCAUUAUCUUAAGACAAAAUGAAGGUGCAAGCAGAAUUUGGCGUGUGGGACUAUGUUGUUGUAAUACUGGUACUCUUAACAUCAUCCAGUAUUGGCCUUUAUUAUAGAUUCACAGGUGGAAGACAAAAAACUGUAGAGGAAUACUUACACGCUGACAAAAAUAUGUCGAUAUACACAGUAGCAAUAUCUCUUAUGGCUUCGUUUAUGUCAGCCAUAACAAUCCUAGGAGUAUCUAGCGAAAACUACUCAUUUGGCUUUCAAUUUAUAUUAAUCUAUUUAGGACAUUUAAUUUUUACACCAAUAGCUGCCUAUUUGUACUUACCAAUAUUUUUUAAGCUUCAAACUACUAGUGCAUACGAGUACUUAGAAAUGCGUUUUGGCAAAACAGCAAGACUGGCAACCUCAUUAUCAUACACCCUCCAAAUGAUAUUAUAUACGGGGGUUGUAAUUUACGCUCCAGCAUUGGCCUUAGAAGCAGUUACAGGGAUUAGUAGACUUACUGCAGUACUUUCCAUUGGUUUGGUUUGUAUGUUUUAUUCUACAAUUGGUGGAAUGAAGGCUGUGAUACUUACCGACGUCCUCCAAUCACUCCUUAUGUUCCUUGGAGUAUUUAGCAUAAUAAUUUCAGCUCUAGUUGCUCACGGGGGAUUCGCCAAUAUUUGGAAAAUCGCCGAGCUAGGCAACAGAACUGAUAUAUUUAAUUUUAAUCCAGAUCCAACUAUACGCCAUUCCUGGUUUUCACUAGUGAUUGGAGGUGGUGUUUUAUAUUUGUCUUUGUACGGAGUGAAUCAGACUCAAAUCCAAAGAUACUUAACGGUGAAAGACUUAAAACGAGCCCAAAAAGCUUUGUGGUUGAAUUGGCCGAUUUUUUGCCUGUUGGGCAUAGCCACCUCGUUUUCUGGAUUAGCAAUUUAUUCCAGAUAUAAAGACUGUGAUCCUGUUAAGGCAGGGUAUAUUUCUAGUAUGGAUCAAUUGAUGCCGUAUUAUGUGGUUGACACUAUGGGCCAUAUUCCAGGCUUAGCUGGUUUAUUCGUUGCUGGAAUAUUUAGCGCUUCUUUGUCUACCAUAUCGGCUUCAUUGAAUAGUGUUGCUGCAGUUACCAUGGAAGAUUACUAUAAGCCGAUUAGUAAAUACCUAAACAAACCCGAACUGUCUCCGAAAAAAGCUGCAACCCUAACAAAAUGCAUGGCCAUGGGUUUCGGAAUUCUCUGCUUGGGAGUUUCGUUUUUGGUCCAGCAUUUGGGAGCCUUACUUAAAGCUGCCUUGACGAUUUUCGGAGCUGUAGGUGGACCCAUUUUAGGCCUGUUUUCACUCGGAAUGUUUACUCUAACUGCCAACGAAUCGGGUUCUCUAACGGGACUUGUAGCUGGAAUGGCUGUAUCUAUGUGGUUGGCUUUUGCCCCAAAACCUCCACCAAACCCAUUGCCAACCUCGAUUGAUGGUUGUAAUGAUAAUAAUUUGCUAAAUAAUAUAAUAACAAUUCAAGUUAAUGAAAGUGACUAUUCCUGGCUCUAUAGAGUAUCCUAUUUGUAUAACGGCGUAAUUGGCCUAGUAAUAACAUUUUCAAUAGGAUACUUGACUAGUAUUAUUGUAAGGCAAUUCAAUGGAAUAAAAGUAGAAGAUGAAAACUACAACCCAAAUCUUUUUAUACCAUCUUUAUCUCAGAAACUAAUUCUCAAAAAACAUGACAAUAAGGUAUUCAAGUUGGUCAACAGAUCAAAUUCAUGUGAGGACUUCAAGAAGAAUGACAUAUCUGAAUUAUAAUAGAAUAUAUAUAUUUGAAAAAAACUAUCUACCUCUUAUAAGGCAGGCCUAAGGCUUUUAUGACAAUAAUAUACUUAAUGUUUUGUUUAAAAUAAAUAAAUGCAUUUUUUUUUUUAAAUCCAUCCAUAUUUGGAGGGACUUUUAGGAGCCGCAUAGAUCCGUUGAAUAUUUCUUUGACUCAUUGGAGUAACAGCUCUUGGAGGUGACUCAGAUGGCCAAGGACUUUUAGGUCUUGGAGGUAUUUUUUCAAUAUUCUUCUCUUCUUCAAUUCCGUCAAUCACAAUUUCUGGUACAGUUUCUGCUGAUAAAAUUCUAUCCAACUCAUCGCAACUGUCUUUAUUGCUCUCAGAAUCGUCAGAAGAAAAUCCUUCGUUAUCUUUUGUACUUCCUGAUUCAAAUUUUUGCUUCAAUGAAGCCACGUUAGAUUCAACUUCGUCUGCAGGUAGCAAAGUUGAUUUUUCCAUUAUUGGACUUAGUUUUGGAGAAUUCUUAAUAGGUUGUGGAUUAAUAUUAAUUAUUGUCUCCUGUUUAUUCUCCAAUUGAUUUGUUUCUGAAUUUUUCAAGAUUGCUACAGGAGAAUUUUGCGUAGGACUUUGUAAAUUAAUUAAAUCAGGUGGUUCAUGUGACAAAAAAUGUUGUUCUGGUUCAAUUAUGGUAACUUUGGAAGUAAUAUGAGCUAAAACAAAUAAUUUCAUAAUAAUUGAAAAUAUUAAACUUCCUCACUUACGAUCAUUUUUGACCAAAUUUAAUAUUUCAGCUCCAGUAUAAUCAGGUAAUACCAAUGAAACAGGACUUUUUGACGAUAAUCUUUUAGCUUCAGUGAUUGCCUUUUGCAAGUUUUGCUGCUUUUUUAUUGAGUCUCUAGUAUGACAUCGGCCAAUUUGAGAUCUAAAUGAUCAUUCACAUAAGUACAAAAUUAUGAAACAAUUUUUUGAAUACUCACGCAGUGCAAGCACCUUUUACAACUUCCUGCCAUUUGUUCAAGCUAGAGUUAAGUACUGCCAUUUUUGCAACACGUCUAAAUCUACAACCAAUUUUUUUUAUUUAUUAUUUGAAAGUUGUAAAAAAUUUUACCUGGCAAGCGAAGUUUCUCCUUCUACUGGAGAAAACAAUUCUUCGUUUUCUUCUACAGCCACUGGUACAACUUUGAAAUCUUUCAUUAACCUCCUCUCCCAAAUUUUCAUUCUUUUACCCAAAAUCGCUUUUUCCUUUUUUUCUGCAGAAGAUACAUCCAUUCCAUUUUUACUUAAUAAUUCAACUAGUUCGUAACGGAACGACGAAAUGUCACUCUUUAAUUCGUUUAUAUCGUCUUCAGUAACUUCGUUUUCGUCACAUUUUCUGUGCAUGGCAGAUACGUAUCUCCAAAUCAAAGCUCUCAUUACUGCAGUGUAUCUGUAGUCUCGUUCUUUUUCUUCUCUGUUUCG